AUAUUAUCUGAUACUAUAUUCGAAUUUGCUGUUUGUUGCUGCGCAGCAUGUCCAUACAUGUCUAUGCCUAACGAGAAUGUCGAGAUCAUAACGCCACUCCUGCCUCAAUCUCGAAGGAAAUCUAGAGCUGGUGUUGGUCGAGUGCGAUGCUGCCGCCAACAGAAACACGCGACUUUUCGAACGAAUCGGUUUAUCUUCGCGAACAACCCAGCAGUUCGCAACAGAUUGACUUGAAUUUGGAAGGAUUGGAAUUGGAGCGUGUACCGAAACGUCACCCCCUGACUGGCAGAGAAUAUGAUCCAGCACAGGUUCGCCGUCUCAAUCUCAGCAGGAACAAUUUGUUGCAGAUUACAUGCCUUCCUGCUUUCGUAAAUGUUGUCAGUCUCGACCUGUCCAACAAUGCACUCACAUCCUUGCCGGAAGAUAUCGGUGCCAUGGGUAACCUGCGAAAUCUCGUAGCCCGUAACAAUCUACUUGUCGACCUACCAAAAUCCUUGUGCUGCCUCGAAAACAUGGAAGCCCUAUACCUAUCUGGAAAUCGUUUUGAGACUGUUCCAUCUGUCGUAUUCAAUUUGUUUCGCUUGCGCGUUCUGCACCUAGGUGGUAAUCGGAUAGAAAAUGUGCCAUACGCAAUUGGUACAAUGAAACAUUUGGAGAUCCUAUAUCUUGGCGGAAACUUUCUUAGAGAAGUGCCAGCGACAAUAGGCCGGCUUCAGCGAUUAUCGUCUUUGUCGCUUUGCGAUAAUCAGCUGGAAACAAUUCCUUCAACAUUUGGAGAGCUCAGAAAUUUGGAAAGCUUAUCAUUGCAUAAUAAUGUGCUCAGGACCCUGCCAACAGAAAUCGUCAAACUGAGGAAUUUGCAACAGCUUAGCCUUCGAAACAAUCCUUUAGUCCAUCAAUUCGUACACAACAUGCAGCUGGAACCUCCAAAAUUGAAGGAAUUGGCUGGCCGAGUAGUACGAUUGAAAAUGUCCCGACUGCCACUCAAAGGAAUUCUUCCAAGGGAAUUGAUAUCCUAUCUGAACUCUGCUAAUCAGUGCGUCAACCCCAAGUGUAAGGGUGUCUACUUCGAAGCAUGCGUUGAACAUGUGAAAUUUGUGGAUUUUUGUGGAAAAUAUCGUGUGCCUUUACUGCAGUUUUUGUGUUCGCCAAAAUGCUCAGCUGCUACACCCGCAUAUGUGUCAGAUAGCUCAUCGGAUAGCGAGGAAGAAAUGCCGAACAACAUGAAAAUGAAGAAGAUCAUGCUGGGCUAAUGAUGUUACUUGAUUUCUACGCUCAUUUAAUUACACCUCACCGCGAUUCUGUGGCCUGUUCGUUCGAGUUGUUAUCGCAACCUCGAGAGGUUCAAAUUUAUUCUCUCUCGUCAACCAUGUGAUCUCUCGAUACAUAUCCGCAUGUUAUACUUGCCGCGCAUCGAUCCCAGAAUAAUACGAUUUUCACGGUUAGUUGCGGUGUUAUCGUGAUGUAAACACAAGGACGAUGUUGAUGCGAAUGUGCUGACAAAUAGUCA